AUGUGCCACUGCUCCGAGCCGACACAAUGCCACCACCAGGCCCUGCUCCCGCCAACCAAGGCCUGCCCCGCGCUGUGUGACCGCCCGAGGCCGGCCGGCGCCGCGGCCGCGGCCGAGGCGGCGUCCAUCCUGCGCCUCGCCGCGCCCAUGGUCGGCGCGGGGCUGCUCAUGUACAUGCGCUCCCUCGUGUCCAUGCUCUUCCUCGGCCGGCUCGGCCGCCUGCCCCUCGCCGGCGGCUCCCUCGCGCUCGGGUUCGCCAACAUCACCGGCUACUCCGUGCUCUCGGGCCUCGCCGCCGGGAUGGACCCCGUGUGCGGCCAGGCGUUCGGCGCCGGCCGCACCUCCGUCCUCGCCGCCGCUCUCCGCCGUACCGUCGCGCUGCUCCUGGCCGCUUCCGUGCCCAUCGCCCUGCUCUGGCUCGCCAUGCGCCGCGUGCUCGUCGCCGCCGGCCAGGAGCCCGACAUUGCCGCCGCCGCGUACGACUUCAUCCUGUGCUCGCUCCCGGACCUCGCCGUGCAGUCCUUCCUCCACCCGCUGCGCGUGUACCUCCGCGCGCAGUCCGUCACGCUCCCGCUCACGUAUGCCGCCGCCGCCGCGCUCGUGCUCCACGUCCCCGUCAACUGCCUCCUCGUGCAGGGCCUCCGCCUGGGGAUACGCGGCGUCGCGCUCGGCGCCGUCUGCACCAACCUAAACUUCCUGCUGUUCCUUGUCGCCUACGUCUACCUCUCCGGGCUAAUGCACGGCAAUGACGGCGACGGCAAGGCGGCCGCGGCCGGCGCGUGCGCGAUGCCUGCCGAGGAUGGCGCGGUCGAGUGGGGGUACCUGCUGAGGCUCUCCGUGCACAGCUGCAUGUCGGUGUGCCUGGAGUGGUGGUGGUACGAGAUCAUGGUGCUCCUCUGCGGCGUCCUCGCCGACCCCAAGGCGGCGGUGGCCGCCAUGGGGAUCCUCAUACAGACCACGUCGCUGCUCUACAUCUUCCCGCACUCCCUCAGCUGCGCCGUGUCCACGCGCGUCGGGCACGAGCUCGGCGCGGGGCGGCCGGAGCGCGCGCGCCUCGCGGCCCGCGUCGGCCUCUGCUGCGGCGCCGCGCUGGGCGUCGUGGCGUGCGCGUCCGCGGCGUCCGUGAGGGGGGUGUGGGCGCGGAUGUUCACCGCCGACGCCGCCAUCCUGCGGCUGGCGUCCGUGGCGCUGCCCAUCCUCGGCGCGGCGGAGCUGGGCAACUGCCCGCAGACGGCCGGGUGCGGCGUGCUCCGCGGCAGCGCGCGUCCCGGGAAGGCGGCGAGGAUCAACGUCUCGGCCUUCUACGGCGUCGGCAUGCCCGCCGCGCUGGCGCUGGCGUUCCGGCCCGCGCGGCUCGACUUCCCCGGCAUGUGGGUCGGCAUGCUCGCCGCGCAGCUGGUGUGCGCGGCGCUGAUGCUGCACGCCGUGCUGCGCACGGACUGGGCCGAGCAAGCCGCCCGCGCGCGCCACCUGACGACCGGCGGCGGCGGUGUCACGGUCGUCGUCGCCGACGUCAGAAGCGGGCAUGCAGAUGCGGCCAAAGUAAAGGCAGGCAACGGCAUCCUCGUGGUGACCGUGCUAACUUGAUCGUCACGGAGGAUUGAUUCUUCUUCGAUUCUUAAAUAUUUUUUGCUUCUUUUCUUUUCGCUCUUUGAUUGAACGUCCAGUGGUAACUUUUUUAGCAUUUGGAACGAUGAAUGUUGGGAGCAUUUGCAUCAAUCCUACCAAAUUUUUUCCUCUU